AUGCAUUUAGGAGCCCACAGGACAAGGCGUGGAAAGGUCUCCCACACGGCAAAAACGAAACUGCUUCUUCAUUUUAUUGUGCUAUGUGUGGCAGACAGUGCUGUUCAUGCACAAGAACAAGGCAUAGAUAUUCUUCAUCAACUAGGCCUUGGAGACAAAGAUGUAAGACACUCAUCAUCAGUGACUGCUGUACCAUCAUCAUCUACACCAUUACCUCAGGGGGUCCAUUUAACAGAAUCAGGUGUCAUUUUAACAAAUGAUGCUUAUAUUGAGUCACCUCUCAUGAAAAUUUUACCAUUCAACUUAGAACAGCCAUUUACAAUAUUAAUUGGGUUACAGUCACAUAGAGUAAACAAUGCAUUUCUCUUCAGCAUUAGAAAUAAAAAUAGACUGCAAUUAGGAGUGCAAUUAUUACCUAAAAAAUUAGUAGUAUACCUUGGAGGAAAGCAGUCUGUGUUUUUCAACUACAGUGUUCAUGAUGAGCGAUGGCACUUCUUUGCCAUUACUAUUAGAAACCAAGUUGUUUCAAUGUCUGUUGAGUGUGGAAAGAAAUAUUUUAGCAGAGAGACUCUUUUGGAAGUCCAGACUUUUGAUUCUAACAGUGUGUUUACACUAGGAAAUAUGAAUAAUAAUUCUGUCCAUUUUGAAGGAAUAGUAUGUCAGUUGGAUAUUAUUCCUUCUGCAGAAGCAUCUGCAAACUAUUGUAGAUAUGUGAAACAUCGUUGUCACCCUGAGACAAACCAUCUUCAUACAACCAUCGUACCAGCUGAGAUACUGGAAAACUCUCCCUUGCCCAAACAAUUUGGUGAAAAAGUGCUGUCUGAGGACACAUUUACCAAAGGCAAAAACAUUCCAAAUAUCAUAAAUAAUGAUUCUGCAACAGUCCAUAAGCAACAAGAACACCAAAUACCAAAAUCUCAAUUCAUUUCUCUUCAUUCAAGGAAUGUUUCUGCUGUGGAUCUUGUAAACCAUGGGAUUCAAGACAAAGAAAUGAUCACUGAGGAACAUACUCAGACAAAUUUAAGUCUGUCAAUGACCCAUCACCUCAAAAAGGCGAAAACAAAUAGCAAGGAGAAAUUUAGUUCUUUUUCAAAUGUAUCCGACAAUGUCACACAACAUAAUGAUAAACUAACUGGUCUGUCACCAUUUAAGAAGAUAUCAUCUAUUCUUCCACAUAUAAAACAAGAAACAAUUACUAAUCUCAAGAAGGCUAUCACAGCAAAUCUACACACUAAUGAACUCAUGGAACUGCAACAGAUUUUAAACACAACCUUAUACAGAGUGACAGAUGAGCCAUCUGUGGACAAUCACCUUGACCUAAGGAAGGAAGGUGAAAUUGAUCCUGAUGCUACCUAUCCCAUCGAAAAUAGCUAUGAGACUGACCUUUAUGAUUAUUAUUAUUAUUAUGAGGAUCUUAAUACAAUGCUCGAAAUGGAGAAUCUGAGAGGGCCAAAAGGGGACACUGGACCUCCCGGUCCACCUGGUCCAGCAGGCAUCCCAGGCCCAUCAGGAAGGAGAGGUCCACGGGGCAUACCAGGGCCACAUGGAAAUCCUGGGUUACCUGGAUUACCAGGUCCAAAGGGCCCCAAAGGAGAUCCAGGACUUUCCCCUGGUCAAGCUGUUCCUGGAAAAAAGGGCAGUCAAGGCCUUUCUGGAUUAAUGGGCCCCCCUGGUAUGCAAGGUGAUAAGGGUCUCAAAGGCCAUCCGGGGCUCCCAGGUCUCCGAGGUGAACCAGGAAUUCCAGGAUUCACUGGUAAUAUUGGUUCACGUGGUUACCCUGGCAGGCAGGGUGUAGCUGGACCAGAAGGUAAUCCAGGUCCUAAAGGUAUACGAGGUUUUAUUGGCUCUCCUGGAGAAGUAGGACAACUGGGACCUGAAGGAGAAAGAGGUGUUCCUGGGAUCCGGGGAAAGAAGGGUCUUAAGGGAAGACAGGGUUUUCCAGGUGACUUUGGAGACAGAGGCCCUGCUGGCCCUGAUGGCAGUCCUGGACUUGUAGGUAGCAUUGGCCCUCCAGGAUUUCCUGGGCUUAGAGGCAGUGUUGGCCCUGUUGGACCAUUUGGACCUUCUGGAAUUCCUGGCCCUGUGGGUCUUUCUGGGAAUAAGGGCCUACCUGGAAUCAAAGGUGAUAAGGGUGAGCAAGGCAUUGCAGGAGAGCCAGGAGAACCAGGGUAUCCUGGAGACAAGGGUGCUGUUGGUGUUCCAGGACCACCAGGGAUGAGAGGAAAGCCAGGACCUUCAGGCCAAAUGGGUGACCCAGGACCCCAAGGACCAUGUGGCCCUCCAGGACCAGAGGGUUUUCCAGGAGAUAUUGGGAUUCCUGGACAAAAUGGCCCUGAAGGAUCUAAGGGACUCCUUGGAAAUAGGGGACCUCCAGGACCUCCUGGUCUCAAAGGACCUCAGGGAGAAGAAGGACCAGUUGGACUCUUUGGAGAACUGGGACCAAGAGGAAAACCAGGUCAAAAGGGGUAUGCAGGUGAACCAGGACCAGAAGGCUUAAAGGGAGAAGUAGGAGAUCAAGGAAACGUUGGAAAGAUUGGUGAAACAGGACCUGUCGGUUUACCUGGAGAAGUUGGGAUUACUGGAAGCAUUGGUGAAAAGGGAGAACGUGGAAGUCCAGGUCCACAAGGUCCCCAGGGGGAAAAGGGUGUCAUGGGAUAUCCAGGUCCUCCCGGGGAUCCAGGACCCAUUGGUGCCCUGGGAUUACCUGGUCAUGUGGGAGCAAGAGGACCACCUGGAAGUCAAGGUCCUAAAGGACAAAGAGGACCAAGAGGACCAGAUGGUCUCAUAGGGGAACAAGGUAUACAAGGUUCCAAGGGUGAAAAAGGAGAUCAAGGAAAAAGAGGGCCUUAUGGUCUUACUGGUAAGACUGGAAACCCUGGAGAGAGAGGAAUUCAAGGGAAACCAGGUUUACAAGGACCCCCUGGGAGUACAGGAGACAGAGGACUUGAAGGAGAACCAGGACCACGAGGAUUGCCAGGUGAUGCUGGACCCCCUGGAGAAACGGGUGCUGAGGGCCCUUCAGGUAUUGAGGGAGAAGCAGGUCUGCAAGGUGAACCAGGUGCAAAGGGAAAUGCUGGACCUACAGGCAAUGUUGGAGUUGCUGGAGAACCAGGGUUACGGGGUGAACCAGGAGCACCUGGAGAAGAAGGUCUCCAAGGAAAAGAUGGAUUAAAGGGAAACCCAGGAGGAAGGGGUCUUCCUGGAGAAGAUGGAGAAAAAGGAGAGACGGGCUUACCAGGGGCUUCAGGACCCUUGGGUGGACCAGGUCUGAUGGGUCCUCCGGGAUCUGAAGGAAUUGUGGGAAUUCCAGGGCAAAGAGGUCGCCCAGGCAAAAAGGGUGAAAAAGGACAAAUAGGGCCCACCGGAGAAAUCGGAAGCAGAGGUGCUCCCGGACAAAUUGGGGAAAGUGGUCCUAAGGGGGCCAGAGGAACGAGAGGUGCUGUGGGACAUUUAGGAUUGAUGGGACCUGAUGGAGAACCAGGAAUUCCAGGAUAUAGGGGCCACCAGGGCCAGCCAGGCCUUUCUGGGCUGCCAGGACCUAAAGGAGAAAAGGGUUAUCCAGGAGAAGAUAGCACAGUGCUAGGACCACCUGGGCCUCGAGGUGAACCAGGUCCUGUGGGGGAACAAGGAGAGAGAGGAGAGCCUGGAGCAGAGGGCUAUAAGGGUCACAUGGGUAUACCAGGACCAAGAGGUGCUACUGGACAACAAGGGCCCCCAGGUGAGCCAGGUGACGAGGGUGAACAAGGACUAAAAGGAGAGAGAGGAUCUGAAGGUCCUAAAGGGAAAAAAGGCACUCCUGGCCCUGCUGGGAAACCUGGGAUUCCUGGUCUUCCAGGCCUACCUGGGCCAAAAGGCAUGCAAGGAUACCAUGGAGCCGAUGGCAUUUCAGGAAACUCUGGAAAAGUUGGGCUACCAGGAAAACAGGGACUUCCUGGCACCAGAGGCAGCCCAGGAAGAGCAGGACCAGCUGGGUCUCCAGGUCCUCGAGGAGCCAAGGGGCCAUCAGGCCUUCCAGGAAGCCCAGGGGUUCCAGGCCCAAAGGGCGAACAAGGACUACCUGGACAACCUGGAAUUCAAGGUAAAAGAGGCCACGGAGGAGCACAAGGUGAUCAAGGACCACGUGGAGAGCCUGGCCUUAAAGGGCAGCCUGGAGAACAUGGUGUCCAAGGUUUGACAGGUUUCCAAGGAUUCCCAGGCCCCAGGGGUCCUGAGGGAGAUGCUGGCAUCAUUGGAAUAUCAGGUCCUAAAGGUCCCGUUGGACAGAGAGGAAACACUGGCCCCUUUGGCAAAGAAGGUAUAAUAGGCCCAACAGGUAGAACUGGACCCAGAGGUGAAAAAGGCUUUAGAGGUGAAACUGGUCCCCAAGGGCCAAGAGGUCAACCAGGGCCUCCAGGUCCACCUGGAGCACCUGGCCCAAGAAAACAAAUGGAUAUCAAUGCUGCUAUUCAAGCCUUGAUUGAAUCACAUGCUGCCCUACAGAUGGAGAACUACCAAAAUACUGAAGUGACUCUAAUUGACUACGGUGCAGAGAUAUCCAAAACCCUGAACUACCUUAGCAAUUUACUGCACAGCAUCAAGAAUCCUCUUGGCACACGAGAUAACCCAGCACGAAUCUGCAGAGAUUUGCUUAACUGUGAACACAAAGUAUCAGAUGGAAAAUACUGGAUUGAUCCAAAUCUUGGAUGCCCUUCAGAUGCCAUUGAGGUUUUCUGCAAUUUCAGUGCUGGUGGUCAGACAUGUUUAUCUCCUGUUUCUGUAACAAAGUUGGAGUUUGGAGUUGGAAAAGUCCAGAUGAACUUCCUUCACUUACUGAGCUCAGAAGCCACCCAUAUCAUCACUAUUCACUGUCUAAACACACCAGUGUGGACAAGUGCUCAGUCAAGUGGCUCAGGAUUACCUAUUGGCUUCAAGGGAUGGAAUGGCCAGAUUUUUGAAGAAAACACUCUACUUGAACCUAAGGUGCUUUCAGAUGACUGCAAGAUUCAAGAUGGCAGCUGGCAUAAGGCAAAAUUCCUUUUUCACACCCAGGACCCUAAUCAGCUUCCAGUAAUUGAAGUACAAAAACUUCCUCAUCUCAAAACUGAAAGGAAGUACUACAUUGAAAGCAGUUCUGUAUGCUUUCUCUAA